AUGGCGUCGUUUGGUCGUACAUCAUCGCCAGUCCUCACCAUGCCGCUCCAAUCACCCUUCUCAUCUCCUUUCGGUAGACCACCCUUCACACAUCAGUCAUCUUCGCUCAGCCAGCCGGCUCCUUGGGCCAACACACUUGCGCAGAACACGGCUCAAGCUCCUAGGGGUCGCAAACGCUCCCGUGAUGAGGCUGCAGUCAAUCUCGACUCGCCGGAAAAGGUGCCUCCGCCUGUCGUUGCUCCUCAGGAAGAUGAAGACGAGUGGGAGUACGGCCCUGGCAUGAUCCUUAUCAAGAAAAAUUCGCGCUAUGUCAAUGAUGCUUCAACGCAGUCCGGCACAUGGAUGGAGGAGCAGAAAGCUAGAGAUGAGGCGCGCAAACUCGAAGAGGCUCUCGCAAUCCAACAACAGCAAGCUCAAGAACGUCCCUCACUGCGAAGCCACAAAUCAUCACGUCUAGACAUGUCUUCAGUCACGCUUUCUGCUCGUGCCGACUCGUCGCCAGUCCGAUCAAGCCCUGGACGGGAUAUCUCAGAUCCGUCUUCGGCGAGCGACUCUCCUGCACAGCCCGUUGUGGACGACUUUACUUUGCAUCUUGGGAUCGGCUGGGGUCGUAUCAGCGACGCACUCGAAUCUGCUGCGCGAGGCUGGGCCAAAUACAUCGAGAACCACUAUCAACUCAGCAACGUCGUCAUCAGACUUGAGAGCCGCGGCCUCGAAUCCUACUUGGUCCAGGCCAAUGAGGGGUAUUUCCUGUUUGCUGAAAACCUUAAGCAAGGUCGUCUAGUCAGCCAGGACCCGACGCGCGCUUUCCAAAAUCUGAAGACUUCGCCUCCAGUCUUCGAUGGUGCAGAAAUAAUGACAGCAGCUGAAUCGCCUCGGCCCACACAAAUAGAGUCGGCGGCGACGACGACCGGUUCUCGCACGGAUGUGCAAAUGGACCUAAGCUGA